AUGUCAUCGUAUUACAUUGAAGAGGAUGAUUCAUUUACUACUACCACUAAUAUUAAUGAGUCAUUAGCGGAAAUCAAUUCAUUAGCUUCUACUUCUAUGAAUCCAAAAACUGCAAAUAAGGUAUUUAUGGAUAAAUUGAUUAAAUUGAUUAAUUAA